AAGAAAAAAAAAAAACAUGGGCGAGCCAAUUUAUACUAUUGUGGCUUCUGAGACCAUACGCUCUCAUCAGAAAUUUCCGGUUAGUGUUACUUUACAUAAUGCCCAGACAACGGUUACUUUGGACAUAAGUGUUACUGGUCCAUCAUUCAAUCAGUCUAAAAUUGUGAAUUUAUCUUCAAUGGAAAACAAGCAAAUAGAUUUCGAUGUACCUGCCUUAUGCGAUGGUUUAUAUCAACUAACUUCUAAGGGCGUCGAAGGUUUACAAAUUGAAAAGUCUACCGCUUUAUAUAUGGAUACCAAUCAACCAAAUAUAUAUAUACAAACGGAUAAAGCCGUAUAUAAACCCGGAGAUUUAGUACAAUAUCGCAUUUUAAUUUUGGAUGAGAAUAUUCGGCCAGUGAAAUUGGAAAGCCCUCUAAGAGUGGCAAUUAAAGAUGCAGCGAAUAAUUACAUUAGAGAAAUUAAAGUUUCUCACUUGACUAAAGGCGUUUAUAGUGGUAGAUUUCAAUUGACUGAACAGCCAAUAUUAGGUCAAUGGACAAUUGAGGUUGAUUUAGGGAAGGACGCACGACAAGAGAAGAACUUUAAAGUCAUUAAAUAUGUGCUACCGAGGUUCAGUGUGGAUAUAGACACCGUUAAAGAUUUGGCUAUAAGUGAGGAUUCCUUAAAAGUGUCAGUUACUGCAAAAUACACAUACGGCAAACCGGUCAAAGGCAAAGCUAUCGUAACCAUAUUAUAUUUAAAUCUCGAGAAAAUCAUUGAUAUCAAUGGUAAAGGAGAAGUGGAGUUCACUUUGCACAAAGACUUGAAUUGGAAAUCUUUAGGCGAAAAUAUGACAAUUUUCGCUAUAGUAACUGAGGAAUUAACCGGAAAUCGGCAAAGUAAUACCAUCGAUAUAAAACUCCAUAGCUCUCAAUACGUUAUUAAAAUGCUCGACUCAGUGAUCGAAUUUCAAAUCAAUGAACCGUUUGAAGUGAAGGCAGCUGUUGAAUAUUUAAAUGGCAGUCCCGUCCGGAAUGCAAAGGAUCCAAUCUUUCUUAAGUAUUAUAGAGGAUGGGGAGAACCUGAAGAAUCGCAAAUAUUUGAAAGUUCUUUAGAUGACAAUGGUGUGGGAACGUUUGAAGUCAAUUUGCACAAUGGUGGCAUUUAUCUGGGCGAACUUAAAUUUAUGGAUAAAGUCAAAAUUUUGCCGUGUAUUAUGGCUAAAUCACAUAACACAACUUUAGCUCAAGCUCAAGCAGAAGUAAGAGAAGAACUGACUCUUAUAUUAAACACUGAAAGGCCACGAAUAGGUGACGACGCGUCUGUAAGUGUAAAAGCACCUAAUAUGAUGACCCAUUUGACAUAUAUAAUUGUUGGUCGUGGUUGUAUUCUACAAAUGUCUUACAUUACUUUGCCUGAGCCGGCGAAUUUUUAUAAAAUCAACUUUAAAGUUACAUUCGAAAUGAUUCCACGCGCUGAUGUGUUCGUUUUUUACGUGGAUAAGAGUGAUUUCAAAUAUCAAGAAAUCAGUAUUGACUUUGAACUGGAAUUUCAAAACAGUAUAAAAGUAACAGGUCCUCUGCAAGCGAAGCCUGGACAAGAAGUAAGUUUGGAUAUCGAAACCGCUUCGAAUUCAUUUGUUGGUUUGUUGGGCGUUGACCAAAGGACUUUGCUUUUAGAGAGUGGCAACGACUUCGAACGGGAUACAAUAUUAAAUAAUUUAAGACAUCACAAUACUAAUUUUGGUUUUUCUCCCUAUCCGGGUAAGACGUCUGGCUUAGCAAUACAUACAAAUGCUCAAUUACCUUAUCAAGAAUUAGAUGGACGUUGUAUUUUAUAUUCACAGGGUGUACAGUGUCAAGUAUUUCUUCCCGCCCAAGAGGUUUUCGUCCAAAGAAUUCGAAAAAAUUUUGACGAAGUUUGGUUUUUUGAGGAUAUUGAUAAGUAAAGUUCAUGUUAAUACAUACGUUUCAUUCCUUUCGUUUAUUUCCAUCAAAAUAUGAUUUUUCUUCGGGAUAAUAUGCUGUUAGUCAAAAAAGAGAAAAAAUUUAUCUCACCCAUCAUCGAAGGCUGAGCGGUGCACUCAUUUUGCCAAAACGUUUGCAACAUUCAUAAGAAAGCUUCAGAAAUGCAAUAAACUGUAUAUACUCUCGAUCAAUAGCAAAUUCUAAACCAAUUUAAGACGAUUAUGACGUUCUGUCCGACGGCCUGCGCGUCUGCCGGUAUAAUGUAAUGUUGCGACCCGCCCGGUCGCAAAAAAGAAGUUAUCGGUCUCAAAUUACGCAAAAACAUUGAAUGUUCUUGCACGCAAGUUCCUGUUGAAAAUUGGACCAAUUGGUCAACGGACAUGACAACGACACAACACAAUCUGAGCCCACUCUGGUUUAAAAAAUAUAAACGAGCUUGUUAUUUAUAAACUACAACAGAUCCAACAAUCUAAAAGUGUGUUAAUUCCACAUUCCAUAAAUAUGAUGGACUCCACAACGUGGGGCAUUAGUUUUUUCUGAACUGUCUGGUGAAUUGGGUAUCAAAUAAAAGUAAUUGGAAAGUAGAACACGACAAGAUAAGUGCAUUAAUUCUAAAUUAAAUAUCGCGGACGUCGCGACGAUAUACAGCCGAUAACGGCAAUGGACAUAAAAUAUUCAGUCACGGCCGAAAAUAAUUUUCUUCCUUGGCCAUAUUAACGUUAAUUACUACGACAUUUCUCGACAAGUUUAAUGUUUCGCUUAACUAUAUAAAUAUGCAGCAAAGCUUCACAAGAAGGCGUAAGCAAAAGCUAUUAGAAAAUUGUUUUUUGAUUAAAAGCAUUAAAGGUCAUAAAUUAAUAGCUAUCGCAAGGAUUAGAAUGCAUUGCCUUAUAAAACAUAUUUACACAUAAAUCAUUUCAUUUAUGUACUAAUUUUAGGCACACUUUCACGAUUAGAUAUCAUCUAAGCGCCAUAACUAACAACUUUCACGUGGCAUUAGUAGAUAAUGUAUAGGCAAAGUUUAAUAUGAAUUUAAUUAACGUAUUAUUCCAUUGCAUCU